AGGUUUUUCUUCGAAAUCCCUUAGGCAGAGAGAGAACAUGGAAGAUAAAUCAUGCCAUCCUGAUCCUGUCCCCAAUGACAACGGCAACUUUGAAAUAUCGAGAUCACUCAGAAAUAUACCACCAGCCCACUACCUUCUGAGGAUCGAGUCAUUCUCGCUACUUUCCCAGAUGAUGCUAGAUGCUGAAGUGCAGAAUUAUGAAUCCGAUGUGUUUGAAGCCAGUGGCUACAAAUGGAAACUGUCUCUCUACCCGACUGGUGAUGAGGAAAGUAAGGGUGAAGGACAUAUCUCUCUUUACUUGGUAAUCACAGAGACAAAUGAUUUACCGCUUGGUUGGGAGGUCUACGUGAACUUCAAACUGUUCGUGUUUGACCAUAUCCAAGACAAGUACAUGACUGUUCAAGAUGCCAAUGGGAAGGUUAGACGCUUUCAUGCGAUGAAAACUGAGUGGGGGUUUCCUCAAUUACUCCCACUCAGUACUUUCACUGAAGCUGCUAAUGGAUACCUCAUCCGUGAUACUAGCGUAUUUGGAGCAAAAGUUUUUGUAGUAAACUCCACUGGCAGGGGAGAGCGUCUUAAUAUAAUGAAGGAACGUUCCAACACUCAUACUUGGAAGAUUGAUAAGUUUUCGUCUCGACAUGAGAAAUGUUUUUCCUCUGAUGUCUUCACGCUUGCAGAUCGAAAAUGGAAGAUACGCCUAUAUCCCAAAGGAGAUUCAAGUAAAAAAGACAAGUUCUUGUCCCUCUUUUUAGAGUUAGAUGAUCCGGAAACCUUUCCUUUCGAACGGAAAACAUAUGCAAACUACAAGUUACGUAUAAGAAACCAAUACAAUAGCAAUCAUGAGGAAUGUGGAGGUAGCAGGUGUUUUUGUGCUCCAUGCUUCAGCCGGGGUAGCUCUGCAUUCUUGCCGUUGACUGAUCUCAACGAUGCUUCUAAGGGUUUCCUUGUACAUGACACUUUAAUCGUUGAAGCCAAAGUUACUGCCUCAUCCACGGUGAAGAACUUGUCGUAAGUAAGUACUGAGGCUAAUGUCAACUUUUGCACAAACUUAUGAGCUAGGAUCUUGUAUGGAAUUUCAAAUCUGUGACUGUGUUGCCUUAUCAACA